GGGGGGUUUAACCCCCUCGCUUCCCCGUAGUCCGGUCCUAUGCCCGGGCCCACUCCGGCUGGUCCAACAGGGUUCGCUCCCGAUCUGCUGGCCCAGCCGCCUUCCAGCAGCGACCGUGGUCCUUGCCCACUAUCUCUCGUUUGCUGCUGGAGAAAUCCCCCGCCACCGCCGAGCGGCAGCGUGGGCUCUUCUCGUUGGCCUCUGGGGGCAGCAACCCAGCCACCCCUACUGGCUGCAUCCGCCACGACGCUGCCAGGCUCCUUCUUCUUCACCGACUCCUCCACCAGGGCCGCCAAUUGCGAAAUCUGCCGUUGCAAACUUGCAAGCUCCGCGUCGCGGCCCUCCUGCACUGGCGGGCGGAUCUGUUCUCCGCUCGCAGCAGCGCGCUCUUCGUCUCCAGCAGAGCUCAUCCCGAUGUGGCUUCCCUCGAGGGGCAAAACUCUAGAGUGUUUGCGGCCUACGCCACUUAUUUAUCGGGUGCCUGCUGCGGCGCUGCCAGAGGAGCGCGCUGUUGACGAGGACCCGGUGCCUGCUGCGGCGCUGCCAGAGGAGCGCGCUGUUGACGAGGACCCGGUGCCUGCUGCGGCGCUGCCAGAGGAUCGCGCCGCUGGAGUCGAGCAGGUGCACAAUGCGCCUGUGACGGCGCUGCCGGGUGGCCUCGUCGUCUGCAACCCGCAGGCACUGCAGGUGCCUGCUGCGGCGCUGCCAGAGGAUCGCGCCGCUGGAGUCGAGCAGGUGCACAAUGCGCCUGUGACGGCGCUGCCGGGUGGCCUCGUCGUCUGCAACCCGCAGGCACUGCAGGUGCCUGCUGCGGCGCUGCCAGAGGAUCGCGCCGCUGGAGUCGAGCAGGUGCACAAUGCGCCUGUGACGGCGCUGCCGGGUGGCCUCGUCGUCUGCAACCCGCAGGCACUGCAGGUGCCUGCUGCGGCGCUGCCAGAGGAUCGCGCCGCUGGAGUCGAGCAGGUGCACAAUGCGCCUGUGACGGCGCUGCCGGGUGGCCUCGUCGUCUGCAACCCGCAGGCACUGCAGGUGCCUGCUGCGGCGCUGCCCGAGGAGCGCGCUGCUGAUGAGGACCCGUUCAGGAUACGCCCGUGGCACUGCCGGAUGGUUCCUUCGUUUGUGACCCGCAGGCACUGCAGGUGCCUACUGUGGUACCACCAGCGGAGGGUGUGGCUGGAGAUGGACCAGCAGAACGCCCGGCUGGAUCUGCGGAGCUUCCAGCUGAGGGUGCGGCUGGAGAUGGACCAGAGGAGCGCCUGGCUGGAGAUCAGCAGGCCGAGGAUGCGUAUGAGACUACCGAGUUGUGUGAUCUCAUGUCUGCCCCUCCGGCGCUCCGACGCGGCGACCAGAAUUUUUCCCAUUUCAACCGCUGUGCCUCGAAUGUACGUGAUGAACGUCAUCGUCGACGACCUCAACCUGGACGAUGUAUUCGUGUAUCACACCAAGGUUGACGCUCACCUGUGGCAUCGGAGGAUGGGCCNGCCCCUCCGGCGCUCCGACGCGGCGACCAGAAUUUUUCCCAUUUCAACCGCUGUGCCUCGAAUGUACGUGAUGAACGUCAUCGUCGACGACCUCAACCUGGACGAUGUAUUCGUGUAUCACACCAAGGUUGACGCUCACCUGUGGCAUCGGAGGAUGGGCCACUGCAAUCCUCGUGCGCUGCAGCAGCUGGCUGACGAGUGUUCCACCGGUAUAAGCUUCCAUCGUAACAUCGAAUCAGGUGACUGCAGUGUAUGUGUAGUUGGGGACAGCAAGAAAAGCAGCCACCCGCUGUCCGAUCGCCCCCUCUCUGAGACUCGGCUUGAAAUUGUAAGCGCCGAUGUGUGGGGGGAGCACUCUGGUAAACCGUACGGGGGUUGCCAGAGCGCCGUGAUGUUUACUGACGAGGCUUCGCGCAUGAGGUUCGGCUUCCCCAUCAAGACGAAAGACGAAACGGCGGAGGCCCUCCAAUCACUUUUCCGGGACGUUGCCGAUCCGCUUAGGCAAAGCAUCGGUACGGUGUACUGUGAUGGCAGAGCAGAGUUCAAGGGCAGGUUCUUGGAGCUGUGCAAGUCGGUUGGAAUUACGGUCAUCAACAGCCCCCCCUACAUUCCGCAAGGGAAUGCCAUCGCGGAGCGUUGGUUUGGUACAAUCAUCGGCACUACGCGCAAGAUUCUCCUGGGGGCGCCGCACCUUCCCGGCGAGCUGUGGGCUGAGGCUUUUCGGACCGCCAUUUAUCUCAAGAAUCGCACACCGACUGAUGUCCUGGGCAGUAAGGCCCCACUCGAGAGCAAGCUGGCGGCCAGGGACAAGAAAAUGUACCUGGUCGGCUAUGAUCCGGAGAGUAGGUCGUACAGGCUGUGGGACCCAGCGGAGCCUUUCAAAAUCACCAACUCUGCCGAGGUGUCAUUCCGUGAGAAAGAAAUGCGUGACGUGGUCAAACCCAAGGUAGGGCAAGACCCGUUUCCUGCGCCCAAUGUGUCUGUUUAUCAGCCUGGCGCGGUAGAAUCUAGCGAAAGCGAAGAUGAAGACACACCCCCCACAGGGCCGCCGCCGAUGGCUCCGGGACCUCGUCGGAGCGACACGACCUCCGUGGCGCCGCAGCGGCUGAACUUGUUUACGACGGAGAAGGAUGCGUACGAGAGAAUCUUGCAUGCCCUGGCGACGGGUAGCGACGUCGGCAACAUCGGGAGUGGACGUCCCGGGCCGCCGCCGAUGGCUCCGGGACCUCGUCGGAGCGACACGACCUCCGUGGCGCCGCAGCGGCUGAACUUGUUUACGACGGAGAAGGAUGCGUACGAGAGAAUCUUGCAUGCCCUGGCGACGGGUAGCGACGUCGGCAACAUCGGGAGUGGACGUCCCGGUGAAAUGGGUUACAUGCCUGCCGACCCGCCAACUACGAUGAAGCGGUGGAAGUACAAUCAAGACAACGUUCCGGUCCGCCCGACGACUCGCGUCGUGGUGCAAGGGUUUCACGAGGCUGAUACGGGGGUGGACAAGACCGCACCUGUGGCAAGCAUGGAAUCUGUGCACCUGGUAGUGUCUCACGCCGCGUACUACGGUCUAGUUCUCAAGCAAGCUGACAUCAAGACUGCGUUCCUUGACUCCAGAAUGCCCGAGGGUGCGAAGCCCGUCUACGUGAUUCCUACGAAGGGUUUCAGGUGCACGCCGGAGCAAGCCAAACAAGUCUGGCGUCUCAAGGCGUGGCUGUACGGCCUGCGUCUCUCCCCGAAGGGCUGGAAUGGAACCUUUCACCAGUUCCUGCUGGAACUAGGCUUCGUACCGAGCACUGCCGACCCGUGCCUGUACAUACUGCACGCGCGGGAAGUAAUCCUACUGGUGUAUGUGGACGACAUUCUGCUCACUGGGACCAACGAGGAACUAGUGUCGACCAUUAUCGAACAGAUGAAGGAACGGUUUGAAACGGUGGACCUAGGAGAUGCGAAGUUCAUCCUGGGAAUGGCCAUCCACCGCAACCGCGAAGCGGGCACUAGUCUCUUGACGCAGGCCGUACUUGCCAAGUUCGGCAUGGCCGACUUGCACCCGACGAAGACGCCGGCGGAGGUUGGACCGAUGAGCACAGUGGAGGAAGAGACUCUGACGCCGGAUGAAACUACAAUGUUUCGGUCCGCCACGGGUUCGGCUCUAUACAUAUACACCGGUCGCCCCGGUGGUCUAGUGGGUAAUCUCGCUGCCUGCUAG